CAUCUCCGAGAAGAGGUUCCUGUCGGCGCGCGCUGUGCGACCUGCUGCAGGAGCGGCGCUCAACUUCUCCAGCGCGCGGGUUCUCCGGGGUCCCCAAGAGAUUGCAGAAGCAAGUGAGCAACAAGAUCACGUGACCACCGUGGGGUGUGUUUUGAGCUACUUUUCACCAAAACAAGUCGGCGUGGGCAAACAUGGCGGACUCUGCUCUCUCUCCAGCGGAAAAGGAAAGCCUGCCUCGUGAGUGCAACUGAAAGAGCAAGGCAUGAAGACGCCUCUGAGCCCAGCACAGCUAAUGGAGAACAGCCCUCCGCACUUUCCUGUCACAGAGCUGAAGGACGGAAUGGAGGACGUUUCAACGCAGGAGAGGAAGAAGCUCCUGUACUCGCUCUGCGAGGUGUGUAACAUCCAGCUGAACUCGGCUGCUCAGGUUCAGACGCACUACAACGGGAAAUCACACCUGCGCAGGGUCAAACAGCUCAACAACGGAGAGAGUCCACCAUCCAGCAGCAGCAAUGUCCCAGAGCCUCUCGCAACGACAAUGACAAGCAGCACAGGAAGUUCGUGCCAUAGUAACACACUCCCAGCUCUUGUGCGUACACCUCCUCUGAUGAUGCAGUCCUCACUGGACAUGAAACAGUUUAUGUCAUUUCCUGUGGAUGGAUCAUCGCCUGUCGGUCUCUUCGCCAAUUUCAGCACGAUGGAUCCCGUCCAGAAAGCCGUAAUCAACCAUACGUUUGGGGUCUCCAUCCCGCCAAAGAAGAAGCAAGUGAUCUCGUGUAACAUCUGCCAGCUCCGCUUUAACUCGGACAGCCAAGCUGAGGCGCACUACAAAGGGAGUAAACAUGCCAAGAAGCUCAAAGCUCAAGAGUCCACGAAAACUAAGCAGAAAGGCGGAGCUGGCUCAGACAGCAGCACCAAGCCAAUCAGCACUGGUCCGUCCCCUGCCCCCGCCUCCUCGGUUAUGGUCACUGACAGCACUUCUGACCAAUCAGCAGAGCAAAGUGCAGAACCGCCCAGCGCACCGAAGGCCCCCGUCUCCCCACAUUUCUUGGUGCCUGCUUCUCCGUUAGCAUCUGGCCCCUGUAAGCCGAGUCCUGCGUCCUCGAGUUCGCCGGCAGAGCACAAAGCCAGUGCCAAACCGAGCCAGGCUGAACCAAGCGCAGAAUCUGAAGAGGAGAAAGCCAAGAAGCUGCUCUACUGCUCUCUGUGUAAAGUGGCUGUCAAUUCCCUGUCACAGCUGGAAGCUCACAACACAGGUUCAAAGCACAAAACCAUGCUGGAGGCGAGGAACGGAGCCGGCCCCAUUAAAGCCUACCCUAGACCUGGCUCCAAACUCAAAAUGCAGGCCAACGUUCUGAAGGGUUCUGGAUUGCAGAAUAAGACGUUCCACUGCGAGAUCUGCGACGUCCAUGUCAAUUCAGAAAUCCAGCUCAAACAGCACAUCUCCAGCAGAAGGCACAAAGACCGGGUGGCAGGCAAACCUCUGAAGCCCAAAUACAGUCCUUACAACAAGCAGCAGCGCAGCUCCAACUCCUUGGCAGCUAAGCUUGCGCUCCAGAAGGACCUUGUGAAACCGAUGUCUCCAGCCUUCAUCUCCCCUCCGUUCUCCUCCACCACAAUUCCAUCCCUCUCGCUCCACCCGCGCCCUAACACCUCCAUCUUUCAGACGCCGCCGCUGCCAGCCUCCUUCCUGCGAGGGGCACCAGGACCCAUCCGGUCCUCCAACAACUCCAUCCUCUUUACGCCGUACUGAAUAAUACUGAGGGUGUGAGGCUGGUACUCUGACCUCUGACCUCUCAGGCAUGGACUACUCAAAGAGAUGUCACAGCCUGAGGAAGGAAGAUGUGUUUGUUGAAAAAAUACGAACCAUUUUGAUGGUCCAAGCCCUCACGUGCUACUCAAGGGAGGAUGAUUUGGAUUCUUGUAGAAGGAAAAACAAUCCUCUUCCUCUUGAUGGUCCAAGCUCUCGUGAGGUGCUCGGGGCGUGUUUGGAUUCUCACAGAAGGAAUAACUAAAAAACUGCUUCCUGAAUGACUUGAAUGAUCGUGGUCUUCCUCUUCGAUGGAAAAGACACUUCUGGGUACGCACAUGGAAAACUAAACAUAUAACAAUCACAAACUUAUAACAAUCAGAUGCUAAGUGUUGCGUUCAGUGGCUCGAUGUGGUCAGGGAAUGUGUGCCGUCUCGUAUCGUGUUGUCAGCGAUGCUUCAUCAUAAGUGCUGGACUUUGUUCCUCUCCCACAUUUUGUCUUUUUUUUUAAAUGUUGUCGUGUAGUUUCUUUAUUGAGCCUGCAAAGGAAAUUUCGUCUGUAACUUAUUGGGUUAUAGUCAUCUACUUCAUCCCUUUACACUAAAUCCCAUUUUCAUUUAAAUUAACACCGAGCUCAAGGCUAAUUUCUUCAUUUAGAAUCCUCCUGAUCACAGACGCACAGUUAUGCUCGAGUUGUCACUGAUUCCCCAUUUUAAUUUCCAUUCCAAAAUGGAUUUUUGAUUUGAAGUCAGUCUUUUUUUUAAUUAUUUACACUUCCUUUUAUGAAGAAAAACCGCAAGAUUCAUGUCUCUUAUUCAUGCACUUCUUACACACACAGAUAAAUGACACUGUUACUCCAGAGUCGAUGCUGAUUUCUAGUGUUAAUUUUCAUUUUUACUUUGAAAACCCAGGAAAUCCACAGACCAAUCAUUUCCAUGUACCGUAUUUUCCAGACAAUAAGUCGCCCCGCGUUAUAAGACGCAGCCCAGUAUGUUCUCUCAUACAGUACUUUACGCUGUAUGAUUUCUGGUCUGAUCGUGCUGUCGUUGAAAAGAAUCGCACACCAUAAAAAUUCUUUGGUCAUGAGUUGAACGCAUAAUGUGACAUGGCUGCUGAUUUAAAAGCCACCAAUAGGAGCAGAGGUGAUUCUAGAGUCUGUUGUGGCCCCAAGCAAAAAUUUCCAGGGGGCCCUUCUGACCAUUGUUCAUCACCAAUAUGUUAUAAAUAAUCUGACACCAACGAAAAAUGUAUGAAACCAAAGUUUUUUAAAUUCCAAAUGUGAAAAUACAAUGGUAAAGAACAAUAAAAAGCAAAAUAAGCCCUCGGGCCCCGACUCUCGGGGGGGCCCCUGGGCCAGGGAGCCCCAAGCAGUUGCCUGCCUUGCCUGUUCACAAGCUGCGCAUCUGAAUAAGAGGAUGACUAUUGUACAGAUACAAAUACAGUCGGCAAAAUAUCAACUUUGUUUGUUUGUCUUAUACAAACCCAUUUUUACCGGAGCCUGGAUCAUACUCACUGAUGUCAUAAUUUUGUUUAAUAACAGCUGUAUUGUGAGAGGACCCGUAAACCUCAUAAUGUGUGACAUAAAGUAAUAAUCUUAAAAGAACACUAUAAUUGAACAAUCUAAAUCCUACUUUAGAAAGAGAGAGUCAGUAAAUAUACUCACUGGUCACUUUAUUAGGAACACCCCUACAUCCCCCUGCAGUUCUGUAAUCAGCCGAUCCCUCGACAGCAGCACGAUGCAUCAAAUCACGCAGAUACAAAUCAAGAGCUUCAGUUAAUGUUCACAAUGUUCAAACAUCAGAACGGGAAAAACUGUGAUCUCACAGUGAAGUGUGACUUUCUUUCUCUCACUGUGGUAUGGGUGUUGGUUUGAUCCAGAUGGACUGGUUUGAGUGUUUCAGAAGCUGCUGAUCUCCUGGGGUUUUCACACACAACAGUCUCUAGAGUUUACACAGAAUGGUGCAGAAAACAAAAAACACUGAGUGAGUGAGCGACAGUUCUGUGGGUGGAAACAAACGCCUUGUUGAUAAGAGAGGGUCAGAGGGGAAUGGACAGAUUGGUUCGAGCUUUUUUGCCAGGAAGGAUAUAGUAACUCAUAUAAUCACUCUUUACAACCGUGGUGAGCAGAAAAGCAUCUCAGCAUGCAAUAGCAGAAGAACACAUUGGGUUCCACUCCUGCAGCCAAGAACAGGGGGCUUAGAACCAACAACAAGUUCCUAUUAAAGUGGCCAGAGAGUGUAUGUGCAUUGUCCAACAAGUCACACUAAUGUACCAAACAUUUUUAGCUUGGUAAUGUUUGUACUUGCUUCAAAAUAAUGGUUUAGUGUCCUCUAUUGAUGGAGUCCAGGCAGCUUGUUUGUUUGUUUGUUUUGGCCUGGUCGCAUUGCCACAGUUCAAUGCUGUAUUGUUUCCUGGUCAGAAACCUCAUAAUUUUCUUUCUGUGCAGCUUUUUAUUUGUCUGAUCACUUCCACGACACCAAUGUUAAUUUCUAUGACAGAAAUUCUUAUGCUACCAACAAAGCUAAUAUUAAUUAAGCUAAAGGGUUUGAGCUGUGGCAGUCCACCCUGAAACCAUAGAUGCUCUUCCAUUAACUGAAAACACCCACAUGGAUUAAAGUAUGCUAGUCACCUUUUUAAUGAUUCAGAAACUGAGUAACUGUUUGCUAAAUUGCGCUAGCUUGCAUUAUCUAGCUGUGCUAGUCUUACAGCAAAGGGCUGUCACCACACUAUGUUAGCUAAACAUACAACCCUGAUUCCAGAAAAAAUUCGGACGCUGUGUAAAACGUAAAUUAAAACUAGAAUGCAAUGAUUUGCGAAUCCUUUUUGACCUAUAUUCAGUUUAAUACAACACAAAAGACAAGAUAUUUAAAGUUCAAACUGAAACUUUUUUGGGGGGGUAAAUAUACACUUGUAUAUAACACAUUCCAAAAAUCUUGGGACAGGGUCAUUUUUACAUCUCCUUUUCUUUUAAUAACACUCAGUCAGCGUUUGGGAACUGAGGACACUAAUUGUUGAAGUUUUGAAAGUGAAAUUCUUUCCCAUUCUUCCUUGAUAUACGACUUCAGUUGCUCAACAGUCCGGGGUCUCUGUUCUCAUAUUUUACGCUUCAUAAUGUGCCACACAUUUUCAAUGGGAGGCAGGCAGGCCAGUUUAGCACCUGCACUCUUUGAAUACAAAGUCACACUAUUGUCACAACUACAGAACGCAGUUUGGCAUCGUCUUGCUGGAAUAAGCAGGGACGGCCCUGAAAAAGACGUCGUCUGGAUGGCAGCAUGUUGCUCCAAAACCUGUAUGUACUUUUCAGCAUUAAUGGUGCCUUCACAGAUGUGCAAGUUCCCCAUGCCUUGGGUACUAACACACACCCAGACUAUCACAGAUGCUGGCUUUUGAACUUUGUGCUGGUAACAAUCUGGAUGGUCCUUUUCCUCUUUAGCCUGGAGAACACAAUGUCCAUGAUUUCCAAAAAUAAUUUGAAAUGUGGACUCAUCAGACCUCAGCACACUUUUCCACUUUGUGUCAGUUGAUCUCAGAUGAGCUCAGGCCCAGAGAAUUUAGUGGCAUUUUUGGAUAGUGUUGAUCUAUGGCUUUCGCUUUGCAUGGUAGAUGCAGAAAUGAACUGUGUUUAAUGACAAGGAUUUUCCGAAGGGUUCCCGAGCUCAUGCAGGAAUGUCUUUUAUACACUAAUGUUAUUUUUAAUGCAGUGCUGCUUGAGGGAUUGAAGGUCAUGAGUGUUCAAAGUUGGUUUUUGGCCUUGCCCCUUACAGUAUGUGCAGAGAUUCCUCUGGAUUCUCUGAAUCUGUUGAUGAUAUGGAUUGCAGAUUGUGAAAUCCUGAAAUUCUUUGCAAUUGUAUAUUGAGAUAUGUUAUUCUUAAAGUAGUGAAUCUCGCCCCAUCCUUGCUUGUGAACAGCUGAGCCUUUCAAGGAUUUCCCUUUCAUACCCAAUUCAUGAUACUAUCACCUGUUACAAACGAAUCUGCUUACCUGUAGAAUGUUCCAAACAUGUGCUUUUUGAGCUUCCACAACUUUCCCAGUCUUUUGUUACCCCCGUCCCAACUUUUUUGGAACAUCAAAUUCAGAAUGAGUUCAUAUUUACCAAAUAAAUAAAGUUUCAGUCUGAACAUUAAAUAUCUUGUCUUUGUACUGUACUCAAUUGAAUAGAGGUUGAAAAGGCUUUGCAAACCAUCACAUUCUGAUUUUAUUUAUGUUUUACACAGCAUCCCAACUUUUUUUUUUGGAAUUGGGGUUGUAAAAAUUUAGCUCGAGUCACUCCAGAAAACAAAGUGCUUUCGAAGGUAAAAUGCUAUUGUUACGGUCGCUCAACAUCACCUACAUAACCUAAAGAGCUCACUAGCUCAACACUGUAAUGUCAUGAUCAGACUUGACGAUAUCUUUGUGUUUCAUGAUGGUCACUGUGUCUGGUUAGGCAAUCAUAGUGCCAUAAAUUCUUGCCGUGUCUUGGUCGCUAGACUGGCAACUUGACAAGUUUGACCCCAUUGUUCAGAUCCUUUCAUGUCAUCAGGGAGGAGGGUCAAGAAAUUGUCAGUCAUGACUAUCAAGGAACGUUUAGUAGGAAUUGUCAAACUAGGAUAAAAAUAAACAUUUCUACCAUGCUAGACUUUCAUUGGAGAGUCAUGGGGUGUCCUUGAUGCCACAUUACUGAUGUUCUGUGAUGUCACACUACAAUGUCAAUUUGUCAUCCCAAAGUAAUGUCAAAAUCAGGUUGAAUUCAUCUCAUCUAAUUCUGGCAUAACUGAUAGAACAGUACACAUACCAUAAAGACCCCAAUAAAUUAUUUUGGUCAGGUUACCUGCCUUGUAUCAUCAGUUUUUCUUUGGCUAACCAGGCACAAGGUACGCCACCACACUUGCCAGGGCGGUUGGGCACCUUGUUCAAGGGCACAUUGGCCAGUCCUGCUGGUCCAGGGAAUCGAACCAGCAACCUUUUGAUCCCAAAGCUGUUUCUGUAACCAUUAGGCCAUGCCCCUCCCAAUAAGCAGGACUAAUAAAGUCAGAUGCUAUUGCUUUUGGUGUAUGUAAUAAAGUAGUAGUACUCACAACUGGGCAACAAAAGUGUCUUAUCAUCUGGAAAAUACGGUAAUAUCCAUAUUUUGUACACAGUUAACAUAUAUUUGAUUUUAUCGCAAGUUUCCCAUUUUUCAUGAUAAAUUAGAUAUCAUAAGAAUAAACCCAGUGUCUUUCAUUUCUGUGUAAAAUCUUCAUUUGUAAAUGAACUGCACUAACUCUGCAGCUCUUUAACAAUGCAAUAAUGUACAGAACGUUCGAUAUUGAUAUUCUCCGUAGUGUAUUUAAUGUUUACCGAAAAGGUUGCAAUACUUGUUGUACUUUAUGGAGUGGCGGAGGUGCUAAAAGACAUUGAAACAUUUUAUUUGUAUUUUUAAAAGAAAUUCUCAGAAAGAGAAACCCUUCAUUCACAGAGCAGAGAAUUCUUUAUUUCAGAGAUCGUAUGUAUGUAUGUAUGUAUGUAUGUAUGUAUGUAUGUAUGUAUGUAUGUAUGUAUGUAUGUAUGAGAGGAUGUACAAAACAAUAUUUCCUUUUCAAUAAAAAUUAAUAUAUUUCAAUGAUUUUCUUCCCAAAUGAUACUGUACAGUACUUUUUCCGUGAACAUAAAACACAUAUUUGAAUUAACUUUUUUUUUGAGAUAAGUUUCUAAUAGAAAGCAGCUUUUAGAAGAAAGAGCAUGCUUGAUUUAAAAAACAAAAACGCAGUAAUUAGUAUGAUGUGAAAUGUACAGUA